CGCUGCUCUCCCCGCAUGCUGACGACGACACCCGGAAGCGCCGAGCCGCAGCUCGCCUGCUUUGUUUUGUUUUGGUUGUGGGAGUUGUGUAAGAGAGGCAGCGACAGGCAGAGGGCCGUCCGGGAGAGGGACGCUCGCCAGAUGGGGAGAGCCAAACCGGGCAUGGACGAUGACGGACCGAUAGCCGACGCCUGCAAAAUGCCGAGUUUUAUCGGCAGCUUCGAGGAGGGAAGGUUGAAAUGUUCCCGCAACCUCCCGACGGAAACUUCCCUCGCGGACGGUAAAGUUGAGCGGCCGCUCGGUGAUCUGAGCCGACGCGUCGCCCGAUCGAACUCCCGGUUGUCACUCGACGGGGGCGAGAGGGAGUCGGGGGACAAGGAUGCGGAGGGCAACAACAACAACAACUGCAACGGCGGCGGAGGAGAGAGGCGCAGGAGGGCGAGCGCGGUGGAGAUACUGAGGAGGAAUUUCGGGGUCGCCAAAUCUCCGUCGCUCCGUCUGAGCCACACGAGCGGUCGGAUGCAGCGCGGCGCCGAGCGAGAGAACCACCCGGGGGGCGGCGACGGCGUGGGCGGCCAUGGGAGCGAGUGUGGCGACCGUACAAAGUCGCACAGAGGAACGGGCGACGCCGCGACUAGAAACGAGCCAACGUCCGGCGAGUUGACGAGCGCGGAUGCUCCCGCGGUCCAGUGCCAUCACAUACGGGACAUUCGCUCGGGCGACUCGUGCGGCGUCAAAGAGCACGUCUACUGCGCCGUCUACUGCAUCGCCGACGACAGCCAGCGGGAGGACGUUGGAGCCGCACACCGCCGCGAUGAGACGGACGCGCCUGGCGCGCCGCGCGCGGACUCGGACAGCGAGCGGGAGGCGGGUUCGAGUCCCGAACCGCCCCCGUACACCCUGGACGACCUGGUGGAUCCGUUCGCGGACAUGGCCCCACACCAGCCUUACCGCAAGGAGCAGGCCGGCGCGGAGAGCGCGGUGCAGAGUUGCCGGGUGUGCCUGGAAGACAAAACCAUCGCACUCCUGCCCUGCUGCAGGAAGGCCGUGUGCGACGAGUGUCUGAAGCUCUACGUCAGCUCCCAGGUGCGAGUGGCCAAACCGUACAUCAGCUGCCCCAUCCCAGAGUGCAGUGGCUACCUUGAGGAGGGAGUGGUGAUUUCUCACUUGGCCAAUGAGGACGUGGCAAAAUAUCGUUACUUCCUGGAGCUGAAUCAGCUGGAUUCGAGCACCAAGCCCUGCCCCCAGUGCAGCCAGUUCACCUCUCUGAAGAACCACGGCAGCAACCACUCCGAGCACAAGUACAAGAUCCAGUGUGAGACUUGCCAGUUUGUGUGGUGCUUUAAAUGCCACGCACCCUGGCACAAUGGCCUCAAAUGCCGCGACUACAGGAAAGGAGACAAGCUGCUUCGCACGUGGGCAAGUGUCAUAGAACACGGACAAAGAAAUGCCCAGAAAUGUCCUCAGUGCAAGAUCCAUAUUCAGCGUACAGAGGGAUGUGACCAUAUGACGUGCACACAGUGCAACACAAACUUCUGCUACCGCUGUGGGGAGCGCUACCGACACCUCAGGUUUUUCGGCGACCACACAUCCAACCUCAGCAUCUUUGGCUGCAAGUAUCGCUAUCUGCCUGAUAAACCUCAUCUGAGACGGCUAAUUAGAGGCUCUGUCUGUGCUACAAAGGUGCUGAUAGCUCCAGUGGUCAUUCUGCUGGUCGUGGUGCUGGGAGCUCUGGGCCUGGUGAUAGGUUCGGUUGUGUUCCCGGUCUACUAUGUGUGUAAGAGGAAGAAGCAGCGCUCUCAGGGCUCUGGACGGUGGAUCUGACACCAGCCCCUGCACCACUGUACAUUCAGACAUCGCACACACGAUGGAACAACAUUUCCUCAGGGGAUUAUUGAGGACCACGAUAUUCAAGCUGAAAAAAAGGAUGUAAAACCCCCACAAAUAUUAAGCGGGAUUCCAGAGGAUCCACCGCACUGCACAGUGCUGGUCACAUAAUGAAUAGUUUGAAUCCCUUAGAACUUAACAACAUUUCAUGGCUGUGAGGUCUUCCUGCUCGCACAUUACAGUAAGUUUCAGCAGCGCACAUUUGCAGCUUUUCAGCCUCACAUUUAACCACAGCUAUCUUUGCCGAGAAUAAAUCUACACAUGGGUGACAGACGGAGGCAGAUUUGUUUACACCUGCACUUGUGAGAAUGCGUUUGAAAGAGGAAGCUGGGAGUCCGCUGGUUAGAUGUCGUGAUGUAUGGAUUUUUGACGAUGUUGGAUACCGGGGGAAGAAAAAAAAAGAUUUCAUGGAACACUCACUGCUGGAAGCACUGGUAAAAGAAAGGAGGAUCUCACAGGUGAACAACACGAAAAUGUGAUUGAAUAACAUCAUGCUCAUUUACAAAAGCUGUUUGUGCUGCAGUGAGUCAGGAACAAGUGCAAGCAUGGAAAACUGAAUUCGGAACAAGCCAUGAUGGAGAAAAGAGUUUUCACUGAUGCAACAAGAGCUGGACAUCUGGACAUUUUUUUCCCAUCUUCCUCUGUUGGAAGCCCAGUUUUUAUUGGAUAUUGAAAAUGUCUGAGUCUUUGAGAAGCUCAUGUGUGGAAAGCAUCGUUAAAGGACCGAACCUGGGGGGAUGGAAGGAUGAUAAUACCCUGCUGCUGCUGUUGUUAAUGGCUCUUAAUCUGGCUAAUGCUGACUCUGCCUGAUCUCAAGUCCUUGCCAGAAGGCUUGGAAAUUGGGUUGUGUGUGUCUCAGACUGACUUUUUCCAAACAUACAUUCAGCACAUUGACGCUCAAAUUAAAAUACAGGAGACACCAAUGGGAUUUUGGUGAGGCUCCGUUGAUUUCUGUUGAGGAUUUCCUUCAGCUCUUCCCUCUCUCCAACCCUGUCUUCCUCACUUCCCUUUUCAUUCCUCCUGUCUUCCUUGCUGGAUGGUGGCUCUCUCACACACACACGCGCACACACACGCACUCACACACACACGCGCUGUCAUAGAUAACCUUUUGGGACAUUACAUAGACUUACAUUAAUUUCCUUGAGAUUUGCCUUUAACUUAACCUUAACCACUGACCCAAAAAUCUGCCUUCUCACAGCCUUAUUCAACAAGUCGUCCCUAGUUGACUGGUUUUUAAUCUGAAAAGUGUGCCCAAAGGUAACCUAUAAUAGAAACACACGCCCACACGCACACUCCCUGCCUGGCAGCCCUUCUCUGCUGUGCUCACAUACUGUUUGCCAGUGUCUGCAUCAUCAAAAAACAAAAUGCUGUGUAAUUGUGGUAAUUGUGCCAAAACAAAACGCUGAACGAGGCAGGGCAGACAGUUCACCCUGCCCCUUUGUUAGUUUUUUUUCUGUCAUUGUAUCUUAGGUGGUUGCCCUUUGCAGAGGCUUGGGUGGUAUCGCUGUCUGUGUUGUGUUGAGUCUCACAAGUUGUUGGCAUGAUUAUGCAUGAGACCGUUGGAAAUGGGCAAAUGUGUGAGCACGGCAAGGUGUAACGCAUAUUUGGUUUUAAUGUUCGGUUUUACUUAGCUUUUUAUUGUAGUGCAGGUGGUGGUUUGCCGAAAACCGUGAUCAGGAUGCUAGAUUUAAAAAAUGUACUUGAUAGUUUAGAGGUCAUCAUCAGGUUGCUGUGCACUGGAUAUGUGUUAGAUUAAGUUUGCAUGUCAAAUUAUAAGGGGAUCAGGUUUUCAAGCUUUUCAAGAAUUCUUCUGCAAAGUUUGGUUUAGUUUCAGGUUUUUGAAGUGAAAGGAAAAUUUCCGUCUGCUUAAGAGUUUGGAUAGUGACGGACAGGGAGCGGUUUAGUGAGCGGUUUUUAACUUGCACGUGUGCACGCACGCACGCACGCGCACACACAGACACACACUCACGCACAUAAGGAACCACACACUUGCGGUUCUGCCAGGAAUCAGGAGCUUUUCAAGAGCUUUAAAGGACGUCACCCGGCAGCAGCCAGCUCGUCCUUGUCCUUCCCUUAUCCAUCUAUCCACUCCUUCCUGCUGUCACUCCUUCAUUUAUGUUUUACUGCUUCGUGUUUGUUUUCCCCUGUUGAUCUCUCACUUAGCAUCUGUUGUCCAUCCUGUCCUCCGAGUUGCACCUGGAUUCUACAUCCCUCCGACCCUCCGGUGUGAGAAGAGUCGGAAAUGCUGACGGUUACAUUACAGAAGGCUCAAUCAGGAGAGUGGGUGCACAUCCACUGGAACUGUGGCUGAAAAGCUCCACAACCUGGAAUACUGUUGAGCCUCUGAUAUAGGGAAAUAACACAGGUGUGCGCGCGUGCGUGCGUGCAUGUGUGUCUUUAUCCCACCAUUUCUUGGAGCUGUCUUCUUUCUAAAUGCUCCUCCCUCUUGUGAGGACUAUGAGCAGGUUUUGAUGGAGAGAUGAAAUGAGAUGAAGUACAGCACAAUAUGUCUGCACAUCAGAGAUGCUACAGCAAAGUCAGAAAGAGAGAUGGAGCGAUUCAUUAAUGAAAGGUUGAUGGGGAAAAACUGCAGUGCGUUUUUAUGAAUGCAGUUCCUCUGAAACUGGGAUUGAAGGAAUGAAGGAGAAGCAGGGUUGAUGCUCAUGCACAUGGGACAUUUUUGCUGUGCAAUGCCAUUAGCUUGGCUUUAUUCCAGGGAUCUGAAUCAUUUAGUGAAUAAAAAAAACUACUGUAUUACAGUCAAACGGUUCCUAAAGGACAGAGAGGGUAAACUGUUACACACUGAUUUCAGCUGUCACCAGAGGACCUGGAUCUGGGUUUGAAUACACUCUCAGGGAGUCUGCUUUCUGUUCACUGUACCCAGAGCUCUCCAUACCCGAGCCUAUAGCCACAGACCGACACUGAACAGCACCGCGGAUUCAAAACGCUUCCUGAUAUGCUCGCCCAAAAGCCACUUAACAACCAUAUAUAAUACCAGGAAAUAAAAAGAAAAUACAUCCAGUGUCAAAAGAGAUCCAAAUAUCUCAGCUUUGCAUAUACAGUCGGGGGUCAAAUCUGGGACUGAAAAUGGGAAGAAGAAUAACGUGUUUUAGCAAAUCAGCACUGGGACAAUGAAUGUGUAAGGUAUGCGCCAAACAAAGAUUUUUUUUUGAUUAUCUACGCAACUGUUGUUGACUUGAAAUGUUUUUAUUGCAUAACAUGUUUUGUCAAACUGCUCAGUUCGCACUACACUGACAUGUUUGUUUGAUUGACAUGUGACUGACUGACAAGAGUGUGAUGGAUGUUUGUGCUUUUGAUUGUCCUCAGAACGGAGUGUGAAUUUACCAGGGACUGUUUUCUUCUAUAACAUGAACAGUUUCCACAACCUGUUACCAAAAAAAAAAGCCGGCCUGUGGUUUAUACUGUACCACUGCUGAAACGAUUACCCUUUGGAUUAGAGCCAGACAACUAGAAAAAAUGGCAUCUUUGAUAACUGAUUGAUCAUUAACAUCUUUUAUCAGAUAAAAUAACUACCUAUCGUCGGGUCGGAUGAGGUAAGCAGCUGCUACUGCUAAGUGUGUGUACCUGUCGGACAGUAAUGGAAAAUAUGAAUGUGCUCCAUCUGUUUAGCUGCAGGACAAAUGAAAAUGAAUAUGGUUUUCUAACAGUUUGGUAUUAGUCACAGUUGAUCCACCCGUAUCUGAUUUCUGUCUGUCUUUCUGAAUGCGUGUUGCUUCAGAAAUCUCCCCACUGAUGCAAUGUGACGAUGCCAUGUCCAAAUGCCAUCGUUUGUUUUAUUACUGACUUAAUCAGUGACACUGACCUAAACAACAAACAAUGUUUGGUUGAAGCUUUACAUGCAAAAGAAAAAAUGCUCUAUAUUGUUCAGUCAGUGACGUGGGAGUUGUUUGAGCCAAUUAUUAUAAUAUUUUUUUUUUGCUUGGGUGUAUUGGCUGGCUGAUGCCCCCUGGCACCUUUUUUUGUUUGUGUUACGGUUCAAGUGAUAUUGGCAUAAAUAUGCAACGGUGCCUUCACAGCCAUUAUAGAUCAGGGUUUGCCAAGCCGAUGUUCGGGUUGCAAAGUGGAGUCACAUAUUUCACAGCCUCGCCAUGGCACGGAUGUUUUAGAACAGCCCGCACCAGCCACAAGGCCCGGCAACAUCUCAUCGCUCCAACCCACGAGUACCCAAGUAGUAAUUUACUACAUUAUUUGAUGAGUACUUUGUGCUCAUGGGUUGGACCACUCUCAUCUUCAAACUCGGCCUUUAUUUUCAUCUGAACUACACACCUUUAAAGUUUCACGACUGCAUCUUGAACAGUUGCAAUGCUAUCGUGGUGACAACACAAACCAUACUGUAUGUAAGCAUCUGCCAAAGUACCCAAACCACAUCUGUGGUAGUUCCUGCUACUCUAGAUUUCUCCAUUUUACCAUCUUCGUACACACACACAUGGUGAAGGCAAUGCCAGCUGCGUUGUCAUGACCGGCCAUUAUGUCAUUAGUUAAGACUAAGAAAAGUGUAUGAAUCCAGUUGUGGGUGUGUUACCCAGCACAGGGCAAUGCCCAGGACAAUCAGGCCUUCUGUUUAUAUUUUUAUUUAUUGAUUCAUUUUAACAGGGUCGGGACUUUAAUGAACAUUGCUGUAAAUGCACCAGAGUUAUCCAAGAGGCUAUUUUUCAUCUGUUGUGAAAGUGAAUCGCUUAUAAUAAAAAAAGAAAAGAUAAUUUUAAAGUUAAUACAAACAUCAUUCACUAUAAACUACACCACGCUAAAUGUUCAGGUACCACAAUCCAGGGUGUCGGCCUGUUUAAAAGUGAAGCCGUCACUUUUUGGCUCAUACUAACCUCACUCCUUUGACUCUUUAUAUCAAAAAACGGGAAACUGUUGCACAGUGAGCCUUGUUUCCAACAUUAGAUGGCCAUGUUAAGGCUGGUGAGGGACCAUAGACUGUAUUUUUAAUAUACAGUCUAUGUAUAUUUAUGUACAGUCUAUGUAUGGGACUAACAUGCUCAGUGAGGAAGGUGAGUAAACCAAAAAGACAUGUCAUUUCCAGCAAAUCAAAUGUCUAUUUAGGGACAAUCUUGUAGGUUAAUUUCUACUCAGGAGGCCUGUGGAUAUUCAGUUUGCUGUACAAAGUGUAUCAUCAUCAUCAGUAACAUCUGAAUGGGCUUUCCCGGUCGAGAUAUGCACUUGCUGAAGAAAACAGUAUCAUACUUGUGUGUGUACAAUACCGUUUUUUUUUCAAGAGUAUUUCAAUUCAUUCUCUGUCCAGUGAUCAGAGUGCUCUGUGUUUGCACCAAAAAACCACUUUCCUCCACCCGCUGCCACUGACAAAGCUGUCUGCUGUUGUUGUUAUUAUUAUUAUUGUUCACUUUGCCAGGCACAAACAUCUGAUGGAGAAUAAAUACAACUGGAUCAAAUGCCAAAA